AUGCGACGCCAAGUUGAAGCCGGUAUCAGGGGGCAUCGUUGUUUUGGAUCGGCAGCGAUCAACAUGAUGAUGGUUGCACAAGGCGCAUGUGAUGCGAUGGUUGAAUACGGCAUUCAUGCUUGGGAUGUGGCAGCAGCAGCGGUGAUCAUUUCCGAAGCCGGUGGAUGUUUAAUCGAUCCGACAGGUGAACCCUUCAAUGUGAUGUCUCGUAAGGUGCUUUGUGCAGGUACGAAGGAGUUGGCGCAAAGUCUGAGCAAUAUUCUCACGCAUGCUGAAUUUGAACCUGAAGGCUAA